AUGACCACUGCCGGCAUAAGGCGGCUUGCCGGUGGCGGUCGUGUUGCUGCGUGCACUCUCUCAAGCAGUCCACUUGCCGCUGGUGGUGCUUCUCUUCUCGCCGUUCCCGCACUGACAGUAGCCACACGUGGCCGCUUUUACCGCCCGCUGGUCAAUCAAGGCAUCAAUCUCUGGCGCCGCCGUAUGGGCCGUAUACACGCCGGCUGGAACACGUGGGAAUAUCAACACACGCGGCCCGACCCUCGUCCGUUCCCGGAACCCGCAGUGAAUGAUUACUUUGGCCGCAGUCGACUGUGGAACCCAAUCGCUGGUAAAAUGGGGUUUCUGAAGAAGAAGGCGGAGGAAUGGGGAUGGCCCCAUCAACGACCACCGCCAACAGGGUUGCGACGUUCACAGGAGUUUUUUCCCUUUUUUUUCGCACGAUACUUUCCCGACGUGGAAGUGCGACUAAUGUUGGACAGCGUUCUCAAUAAUGAGACAACCCGACCAGUGUUUCUCAUCCCGUGCGACAUGUCCAAAGCGGAGCUCGCGAAUUAUUUGAGGAAUAUUUAUGGUGUUGAUAAUGUUGUCCGAAUUCGGGUACGCAACAUGCGUGGUCGACGAUACAAAAAUGAGGUUGGUGAAAUAAAAGAAAUGGAUGACUAUAAGGUUGCUAUUGUAGAGUUAGAUUCUCCUGUUUCAGUGGAGUUUAAGCAGAUUAAGGGAACAGAGGACACUCCCGAUAAUAAACCACAAACACGCAUUAGUGGAUGA